AUGGGAAACAGCAAAUCUAUAGCUGGAGGUCAGACAACAAUUCCUGCUAAAGAGACCUAUGUGUGGUACAGAAAAUUUAUGAUGGAAUAUCCAUCUGGCCUGCAAACACUGCAUGAAUUUAAGACACUCUUGGGUCUGCAAGGUCUGAAUCAAAAGGCCAAUCAACAUGUUGAUCAAGUCUAUAAUACCUUUGACAUGAACAAGGAUGGAUUUAUUGACUUUGUAGAGUUUAUUGCUGCUGUAAAUCUAGUUGUACGAGGAAAAAUGGACCAAAAAUUAAAGUGGUAUUUUAAGCUGUAUGAUGCUGAUGGAAAUGGUUCUAUUGACAAAAAGGAACUACUGAACAUCUUCAUGACUGUACAAAACCUCAAUGGCCAGCAAACUCUGAGUCCUGAAGAAUUCACCAACUUGGUAUUUCAUAAUAUUGACAUAAACCAUGAUGGAGAAUUGACUUUAGAAGAAUUUAUCAAUGGCACAGAAAAAGAUCAGGAUCUUCUGGAGAUUGUUUCCAAGAGCUUCGACUUUUCCAAUGUACUGAAAGUAAUCUGUAACGGGAAGCAGCCAGACACAGGAGGGGGUUUCCUCCAAGCCAUGUGA